UUGUCCGAUGGAAGCCCAAAUAUUAAUAAAGUCUGUUUGGGGUCCAUCUGGACCCCAAACCGCUAAGGGUCCGCAAAUUGUAGUUCAUGGGGUUUCUGGCGCCACAUUUUACAUCGGGAAUCAUGGAGGCUGCACUGCGAUCAGCGUUUACUUCUGAGAGUCUCAAUUGCCCUGUUGGACUGGAACACAUCGUGUUCCACACAGGGAAAAAGCGGAAGGAUGUGUAUCGAGCAUUGUAUGGUGCGCUUGUGUAUGGAGAGAAGCUGGCACCCCCGGGAACCACCUUGGUCUAUCCGACUGCUGUGCGGGAGGCAGUGAGGGGUCGUUUCCCGGAGGAAACUUCAGGAAAAUACGAUGACCAAUACCUUACCAAGGGUCGCCAUGUCACAUUGGCAGAGAUAGCAUCAUUGAAAUUGAGGGUCCCCCAAACCUGUGCCAAGUGUCGGGCAACAAGACCAGCCAAACCAGAAAGAACCAGAUCUUCCACUGCCCCAUACUGAGGAUACUUGUGCUGAAGAACACACUUUCUUACUACAUACAUUGUAUUAAACUCAAUUUCACAAAGAA